GUCCCUAUCAUAUAAUCAACAAGCACAUUUACAAGGCUUAAGCUCCAGAAAAGCAUCGAUUUGACCUUGAACACGCGACUACUCAAUCUCAUGCUAGGAGCAACAACCACCACUACUGCAACAACCACGACCACUUCAAUGAUCCUACCGUUCUCUGAGGAAACCAGCCCUUUGACACCAUACAUCAUGUCUAUCAACAACUCUCCUGAUCCGGCACCUCAAUCAUUCACCCCAGGCCAAUGCCUCUUUUGUCCCUCUGUCUACCCGACACUAGCCGAAAGCAUCCUUCACAUGCAAAGUGCACACGGUCUCUUCGUUCCCUAUCAGCAGCACCUCUUGGUUGAUCUCGAAACGUUAUUCAUAUAUCUCCAUCUGGUUAUCUAUGAAUACCGAGAAUGUAUUUACUGCGGGACAAGUAGAACAACCGUUCAGGCUGUACAGCAACACAUGAUGGGUAAAGGCCAUUGCAAGUUCGACGUGUCGGAUGGAUCAGAAUUUGCCGAUUUCUACGACUUUUCACAGACGUCUGUUGAUCCAGACGAGGAUGGCCUCAGCGAAGAUGACGGGGAGGAGUUUGAGAGCUCAGAAGUUGAACCCGAUCGAAAGCCGGUGCAGGUUGAUCGCGAUUCCAUCCGUCUACCGUCCGGGCGGCUCAUCUCCAAAAAGUCAUCAGCACAAGUUGAGCCAUCAGUUUCCCAGAUGCGCGAGCGCAAGCGGACUUCUAGGUCUCAGCUCGAGUACUCUUCUGUCGAAGUCGAUGAGGAAGUUCCUAUGCACGAGGAACAUGUACCAGAUACUUCGGAUACAAGGCUGUUAUCGAGACGAGAAAGGCGGCAGAAAGCUACGGUUACAUACCAACUCGCAAACAUGAGUGCAGGCGACCGCAGCGCUUUGAUGCACCUGUCUGCAUCUGAGCAACGUUCAUUGAUUGCAACUCAGCACAGAUUUACGGAAAAGGUUCAGAAGGAGGAGAGUCGGAGACAGCGCAGGAUUGAUCGCAAGGGGAACAAGAAUCUCUACGCUUAUUGGCAUACAGAAACUCCAGUGUAUCAGUGUGGAUAGUAAUUUCAAGAGAACAGAGAUUCACCAUCUCUAA